AGUGAACGCCGCCGCGCUUUAAAACCGUUAUUCGAGGGUUCUGACAGACACCGAAAGUCCCGUGGAAAAGCUGUCAUCAGCAGUUUGGAUAAAGAGGUUUGGUGGCGGUGUAAGAAGAGGAGAGGACGCACAAAUCUCAGCGGGCAUGCGGGAGUUUUUGGAGUUAUUAGACGUCAAACAUCCAACAAACAUAUAAGAACUUUCGCGAAGGUCCCAUUUCUUAAUUGCGUCAUCGCUGUUUUUUUGUUUUGUUUUGUUGUUUUUUUGUGUGUGGUGGGAAAACUGAUGGUUGAGAGCGAUACAAAGUUGCAACGUUUUGUUUGAAAAGUAGCAGGAGUGUGGAAUAAAUACGGGGAAACACAUUAAAACCCCCGCAGUUUGCUUUUUUGGUAAGGGGCUUUCGUGUUUUCCCUCAGACGUACGCAUUUUUAAGGCAAAAUUUUAAACAUGGUUGGGGAAAUGGAAACGAAGGAGAAGCCUAAGCCCACUCCUGAUUAUCUGAUGCAGCUCAUGAACGACAAGAAGCUGAUGAGCAGCCUGCCAAACUUCUGUGGGAUCUUCAACCAUCUCGAACGACUGUUAGAUGAAGAAAUUGGACGAGUACGGAAGGACAUGUACAAUGACACUCUGAACGGCAGCACAGACAAAAGGACUUCAGAGCUCCCGGAUGCUGUGGGGCCCAUUGCACAACUCCAAGAGAAACUCUAUGUGCCUGUCAAAGAAUACCCAGACUUCAAUUUUGUGGGGAGAAUCCUGGGGCCCCGGGGCCUGACAGCAAAGCAACUGGAGGCUGAGACGGGCUGCAAAAUCAUGGUGCGAGGGAAGGGCUCUAUGAGAGACAAGAAGAAGGAGGAACAAAACCGAGGAAAGCCCAACUGGGAACAUCUGAACGAAGACCUGCACGUCCUCAUCACUGUGGAAGAUUCUCAGAACCGUGCUGAGAUCAAACUCAAGAGGGCCGUCGAGGAGGUCAAGAAACUGCUAGUCCCUGCCGCGGAAGGUGAAGACAGCUUAAAGAAAAUGCAGCUAAUGGAGCUCGCAAUACUUAACGGGACAUACAGAGACGCCAAUAUCAAGUCACCCUUAGCCUUCUCCCUGGCCGCCACAGCACAGGCUCCCCGCAUUAUGACUGGCCCCACACCGGUGAUGCCCAACGCGGCCCUGCGCACCCCUGCCCCCACCGCCCCCACCCUCAUGCCCCUCAUCCGACAGAUCCAGACGUCUGCCCUCAUGCCUACGGGCACACCUCACCCCACCGCCACCCUCCUGCCCCAGACCCCAGAGUCCGGCAUCAUCUAUGCACCCUAUGAUUACCCCUACGCCCUCGCCCCUGCAACCUCCAUUCUCGAAUAUCCUAUUGACUCCAGUGGUGUUUUAGGUAUGGCUUUCCCGACAAAAGGCUAGUACAGCUCAGGGGUUUAACACAGUCUUCAGCCCAUACGAGUGUUAAAAAUGCUUUGCUUUACAGCUGCCUUGGGACAAACAAACAAACAAAAAAAAAAAAAGACAAAACAGCAAAUGGAAAAAACUGAUAUUCUAAGAAACAAAAGACUAAAGAUCAUUACUACUCAUGUUUACACUGGUCUUGACUUAUUCAUAGAUUAAAAAUGGAUAUUCUCAGAUAAAUCCUGCUAAUUAAGCCUCAUUACAUUCCUCUGUUUGAAAAGUAAUCUAUAUUUGUUUAGCUUGUAAUAUUUGUAUUACUUCUGUUUCCCGCUACUGUAUCUUAGAUGUUUAGAGAGUGAUCAGUAUUAUUGCUAAUAUAACAUGCUUGUGAAAAACCUUCUCCAUGAAAUAGCCCGUAGUGAAUGAACCUUUGUAUCGAGAGAAAUACAAGGGCUGUGCGGUCAUUGUAUAAAUUGUUUUGAUGGAAAUAUGCCACAUUUACUGAAAAAGGUCAAUGAUGUGUUUUCACUAUGAUGGGCCCUGGAGAAAAGGUCACUUGUGCCUUGAAAUUUGGUCUUACAAGCCUUGUUUGUGAAACCGUUUUACGUGUGAAGUGUAGUGUUAAUGUAUUUUGAUGAAUAAUCUGUUAAUUCUUGUUUUGUUGGCAAUGUUGCGCUCUGAGCAGGUGCAGUGACUACUAAAGUACGAAGGCAGGAUAUGCGCGUCCAUCCUUACCAAAGGGUAGUGACCGCAGAACGAGGUUAGUUUAGCUCCAGUGUUCAAACUAUGCUCUGUGUGUGUGUGCGUGUUUGUACUUUUUGUUCUUCAGUUUGCUGAUUACACCGUCUGUUUCAUUGCAUCUCACACAAGAACUGAUUUUAGUCAUUUGUAACCUGCCAAACAACAACAAAAAGCAUCAUUUGAGAUUUCAGUGUUGCUGUUAUCAGGUAUAACACAUGCCAGUCAGACUGCGCAGGCUUUGUUUACUCACUAAACCUAGAAAUGCAUUGAAACUGUAGGUGUCAUCAGCUUACUUGCCUCAUUUUUUUUGAACAUGUUCUUGAGGUCACUGAAGCAAUGGUUAAAACAAAAGAACAUUCUGAAUGAUUUAGUAGGUUUAAACAUCCUGUGAAAGCUUAUAAUAACAUUCCAAACUUAGAGAUUUACACUCUGUUUCAGAAUCUAGCGAGCUGCCUUUAUAGAUAGCAAAGUAUAUUUCAUUUUCUGCUGAAAGUACUCGUCACAUUUACAUUGUGGAUUUGUCUAAUUUAUGUUAUAGAGCAGUGUUUCUCAACCAUGUUCCUGGAAGACUACCAGCUCUGCACAAUUUCUUAAUCUAAAGAAGCUUUUAUGGUAUAAAAGGUUCCAUAGGUAUUAAAAGUUCUUCGUGGAACCAUCAAUCCCAAUCAAUAACCUUUAUUUUUGAGAGUGUAUGUAGCAAGUGGACAGGGCUGAGAGAUGUGGAACGGGAUGAGGCCGGUGCUUGGGUGAUAGUGUGAAGAACCUGUGUCUUCCUCGAGUCCCACAGAGGAGCCCUGGCUUAUAAAAGGAGGAGAGACAGUUAUGGAAGACCAGAGAGCACCAGGCCUGGACACUUUUUUUAUUGAAACAAGUUUAGAUGGACACCUUGGCAUCGGGAAGGAGGAGGCGGAGAAACAACAAACUUUUAAAAAAAAAUUUAAUAAUGAAAAUGUAAAACAAACAGACAGCAGCUGCUCGUUGAGACUGCUGCCAAAUUGAAAGCAAAAGUAAAACAAAGUGUCCAGGUCUGGUCCUCUCUCGUCUUCCACUGCUCUAUCUGCUCCAUUUAUAAUCCAGAGCUUUCCCUGGGACUCACACAGGUGCUUCACAUUAUCACUCAAGCUCGAGCCUCAUCCUGUUCGCACGACUCUUGGCCCCACCCACUCGCUACAGUGUAGAGCACUCACAUGGCAAAAUAACCAAAUACCAUAAAACGUGGGGAUUGCGAAUAUAUCGGCAGCCAAAUCUGCCCAUAAACCAUUAAGGUUGUUAUUAUUAUAGUCAGAUACAAAAAGUAGUGUCAGCGCUAACAUUCUUAGACUUUAAUUAGCAUUACUAUAAAUAGAAUAUACAAAUGCUACAAAACAUGUAGGGAUGCACACUAUAUAUCGGCAACCAUAUUGGUGUUGGCCGAUAAACACUUUAUGUUAAGGUUAUUGUUAUAUUUGUUAAAGUGGAUAAAUUACAGCUUGAUAAAUUGCAUAUUUCUGUUUGUUUAUUUACUUCAUAUGUAUGCAUUGGUGCCUUUCAUAUGACAUGCAUAAUUCAAACUGCAAAAAAUAAAUGUAUUUACUUUAUUGUAAAUAAAUGAUAUUUGAAAAAGAGAGAUCUAAAUGUUUCCAUGCAGUCUGCUUGUUUUAUGUAGUUAAGGUGUUCAAAUAAAAUCAGUGUCUGUUGUUUUUAUUUGCUUUUUUUUUGUAAUAAGGAUAAAAAAAUCUUUUGAAAUUAUCGGUAUAUAAAUCGGUUAUCGCACUGGCCAUAAUUUCCUUAUCAGUGCAUCUCUAAUGACAUCAACAAUUAAAAUAAAGUGCGUAUUUUUUAUCAUAUCAAUACAAUUGAGUGCAUUGCCAUUUAAUUGAAAUGCAUACAUACAGACUUUAGGCCAAAAUAAAUCAACACGAGCUUUCCCAUUUAAAAUGUGCCUUAAAAUACUUCCUCUGUAGGCAGCUCACUAGGUUUUGGAACAGACUGCUGUUAUGAUCUGAAAACUUCAGCACUUACAUGAGUUGUAUUUUGAACAUGACCUGAAGCUUGGUGGUGGAUGUCUGUCGAUUAAAAAAAAAUAAAGCUAGUGUUAGAACCACUUUGGGUUCAACGAACCUUCAUGGAGCAAAACUGACUUUCCACGAUGCUCCGUUACACUGAUGACAUUGUAAGGACCUUCAGUCUCACAGUCAAUGAAGGGUAAUGGAGCCUGCCUGUUUGUUUGCUUCGUUUAUUCCCUCAUUUUUCAUUCCUUUGAUAUCUUUACUCAAUUUUAGCAAAUUUGCAAGUCGUUUUUAUGUCGCUUAAGAACAUUAGUGUCCGUUGAAACAUUUUUCGGCAGCUUUUAAAGAAGUUUUGGGUUAUCACUUUCUGAAUAAUAGAACAACUGAACAAGAUUUAGCGCUUGGAAGAUUUUUUAUGAGGUAUCAUCUGAUGUGAUAAAGCAUAAUCUUUAUUUAUCAUAGCAAAACAAGCAUAAGUAUAAGAUGAGCUAGAUUGGAAUACAAUGUCAGUUAUCCUUAAUACAGAUUUAUACUUCAUAUUUAUAGAGAAAAUUCAGUACUGCAUAUUAUUUCAGCCUUGUUAUACAGAUAUUUUCCCUUUAUGCUCUGAUUUAUAAAGAUUGCUUCUGGAGUGUUUGGAAUAUUUGCUCAUAGUUUUUUUUAUUUAUUCAUUUUUACUGCAGUUUUAUGUAUAGUUCUUUUUUAAACCUUUUUUUUAGGUUAAACGCUUUUUUCAUUGAGCACAUUCAUGACAAACUCUUUCAAAUGCCUUAAAUGGAAAUAAACUGGAUCUAAGGGAAUUACAGCACCAGCUUUUUAAAGACAGCUGUAAUGAAGCUCAUUUAAACUCAUAUUACAGAAACAUUGAUGUGCCAAAACUGUACAUAUAAUACUUAUGACUCCUGAAAAAAACUGUAAACGUGAGAAAUCUACUGAUCAAUAUAAGUGAAUUUGACAUCUGUCAAGAUUUUAACAUGUCAAUUUAAUAGACCAAUACAACUGACCAGUUUAAUGCAUAACAAUUGUGAAAUUGCACAACAAAAGUCAAAUCUAUCUCGUCUGACUUACUGAUCACAAGCCACGGAAAUAUCUCUGAGAGUUUGUAAAAUGCGUUGGAUGAAAUGUGAAUGGAUGAAUGUUCCUGGCUUGUACAGUGUCACAUGAGAUUGGUUAGACAGUUAUGAAGGUUAGGACUUGAUUGAGAGUGUUAAGUUAUCAUAAGCACUACCUUGAUUCAUAAAGGUUUGCUUAUAUGAUCCCUUAAACUCUCCAUUCGAGAAAUUCCUCAUCAUAAAAAAUAUAUAUGGCACAAAUAUUUUGCACUGAAGAUUUUUCUUUUAAAUCACCAGCUCCAAGUCUGCGCUACUCAGACAGAGCAAAGUGAAACAAGAAAAAAAAUGAAACAGCAAAACCUCAUGAGAUGUUAGGAUGUUUAUCAAGGCGGGACGGUCACACACUGUGCCUGCCUGUUAGCACAAGAACAACAGAAGGAAUAUUCCAUUUUUGGUUUGUUUGUUUCUUGUUUGUCGGUUUGCAGUAAGCUUCUUUUGUUUUGUUUUUUUGUCAAAUGUAUGGAACAUUAGUUAUUGUGCGUGAUGUAAGCAAUAUGUUUAACUAUAAAGCAAGAACAUUUAUGAAAUUCUAUUGUAUUUGUAAAAAUGAAUAGGGAAUUUAUUCUAGUAAGCUUAGAAAACAAUGCCAUGUAUUUUCCUUUCCUUUUUUUCUUCCAUAAGGGGUACAUUUUGUUUUUAGGAUGUCGUACCUAUAAGUUAUAUAUGCGAACCAAGUAGAAUUGUGUUUCUAAUUGUUUUUCUUGUGUUGUUUUAGCUCUAAAUUUCAGCCAAUGUGCUUUAGUAUAUCAUUCUGUUUGAUUAGCAUUCUGUGUUUUUAUUUUGUACAUAGUCAAAUUUUAAAGGCAAUAAAAUUUGAGUAAAAAAAAAAA